AUGACGUGCAUCCAACAGUACUACCACUGGGGUGCUUUUGAGUUCACCGUUCCCCGCUGGCGUGUGUGCGUUUCUCCCCUCCUCGUCUCCCCCCUUUCCCCUGUGAGCCGCCAGGGGGCCAACACGGUGGUGGUGGGUGGAGAAUUUUCCGCUAGAAUCCCUUUUGUUGACUCUUCCACCCCCUAUGAUGUGUGCCCUUUCCCCCCAUGUGUGCCCUCUCCCCCCAUGUGUGCCCUCUCCCCCCAUGUGUGCCCUCUCCCCCCAUGUGUGCCCUCUCCCCCCAUGUGUGCCCUUUCCCCCCAUGUGUGCCCUCUUCUCCCCUUCCCGGACGCCAAGACGGUGCUGGUGGGGUGGAGGUACUCCCGCAGAGGACGCCAAGACGGUGCUGGUGGGGUGGAGGACGCCAAGACAGUGCUGGUGGGGUGGAGGUACUCCCGCUGGAGCCCCAGAGUGCGCACGUGGCAACCCUUCCCCCACAUGUGUGUGCUCUUCCCCACCCCCCUCAAACCCCCUCCACCCCUCUCCCCCCCCCUCCCAGGACGCCAGGACGGUGGUGGUGGGGUGGAGGUACACCCGCUGGAGCCGCAGAGUGCGCACAUGGCGAGCCCCUCGUGUCGUCUCUGGAGACAUUCUUGGUUAGUGUUCAACUGA